GGCUGCCGGGGCGGGAGAGGCGCCCCCGCGCACGAUGAAGGGGGCGGUGGGCAGCGCGGUGGGCAGCGCGGUGGCCGCCGUCACGCAGGAGAGCUUCGGCUGCACCGUCGCCAAUCGCUUCUACCAGCUCCUGGACGACGACUCGGACCCCUUCGACAUCCUGCGCGAGGCCGAGCGCCGCCAGCAGCAGCAGCAGCGCAAGAAGCGCGAGGAGGCGGCGGCGGGCAGAGCCGUGCCCGGCGGCAGAGCCGUGCCCGGCGGCAGGAGGGAGAGCCAGAAGGAGCGCAGGCAGCCGGGGUGCUCCGCGGCCGCCGCCGAGCCGCCACUGACAGGCCAGAAGCGACCGCCUUGGUGGGGAGAACAGCAAGGCUUCAGCAACAGAGGAGCAGGGGUGAAACAGGACAAGGCUGCGUGGAGACCAUCUUUCUGGGAAUACCGUCCUGAUGGAGCACAAAGACAAGUGGAAUUCCAAGUGGAAAAGGAAAAAAAUCUUACUGGUUGUCAUCUUUGUAGGCCAGUGGAAAGAUUAGACUGUGAAAGACCAACAAGAGGUCGUGGUGGAGGACGAGGUGGAAUGCGAGGUAGAGGAAGAGGUGGUAGAAUAAACAGAAGUUUUGGUGGCUUUGACCAAAGAGGAAAACGUGAAUUUGAAAGAAAGAGGGGGAAUGACAAAAGUGGGAUGGAACAGGCUGCACCUAUGGAAGAGACUGUAGAAACUGCUGAACAGCCAGGGACAUCUGAAGGAGACCCUCUGAGCAAAGCUGCUGAAGCAGAGCCAGUGGAAGAAGUAGUUCAAGAAAUGACAUUAGAUGAGUGGAAAAGUCUUCAGCAACAGAAUCGACCAAAGCCUGAAUUCAACAUCCGGAAGCCAGAAUCCACUGUUCCUUCCAAAGCAGUGGUGAUUCACAAGUCAAAAUAUAGCCAUGAUUUGCAAAAAGAAGCCUUUGAAUAUGAUUCUCCUGUCUUUCGAAAAGUGGUGAAUGACAUCACAUCUCAGCUGGAUAUUAAUUUUGGGAGCCUUCCUCGCCCUGGCUGUGGAUCAAGAGGGGCACGAGGUGGUCGUGGCGGAAGAGUUGGAGAGAUCAGACCUCAAUCAAAAGCAGUGGUGCAGCCUGUGGCUCCAAAUCCUGAUGAUCCUGAGGAUUUUCCAGCUUUGGCUUGAAGAACCACCAGGAAUGGUGGCCUCCCAAAGUAGCUUUGGAGUAGCUGUGAAGAGACCAGUUUUAUGCUGGGUGGGGAUAAAGGAAGCCUGUUUCCUUGUGGGAAAGUUGUUUAGGUGUUUGGUGUGAAAUGAUUGCAGCUGUCUGCUAAUAGAGGCGGGUCCUACAAAUAUGGGUGGACUGGGAUCCUGCGGCAGGUCCCAGUGUCUCCUUUGUUAGAGCUGUGGGAAGGCUCACAGGACUUCACUACCAGGCUUCAAAUGAAGUUAAAGGGAACAGUGUUUUUACAAAAUGUAUAUAUAUAGAGAUUCUAUCAAGUUCUCCAUGCCACCAUGGUGAAAUGUGAACUGUACAACACGGUCUACAAUUGAGACUCUUUCACUGUACAUUUGAAAGCUGAUUUUCUUUGAGUGAAGUGUAUAUUUCAGACAGUCACGAGCUGCAGUUCUUAGCUUGGCAAAUAAAGGAAAGUGCUCAUUGGUUUGGUGUUGAGGUAUUAUUUUAAAAAGUCAGAGUGGUAGAAUGAAGCUUUUGCUAUUUGGAUGUCGUCUGGAACAAAAUAAGAAACAAACAAAAGACCCCAAAAAACCCCACCAACCACCACCCCCCCAACAAAAAACCCCCAACCAACCAACCAAAAACUCAAUCAAAAAAACCCCCACCAAACCCAAACCUCAAACAGCAGUCUUUACAUCUCUCUAAAUGAAAGUGAUCUGUAAAAUUAAGGCACACAGAUGCUUUUUGUUUGAUAAGUCCCACUUCAGUACCAAGAUAUAAUCUGCAACUACUUUGAAGAUGUUGAAAUUUCAGUACAGUAAGAAUUUUGAGCUAAAGACAGAACUAAAUUGUUAAGGAAGCUUUUGAUUCCAGCAGGAGCAACUACAAACUAAAAUGUUUCCUGCCUUACCAAGAAGUUUGUGACAUUGGGGAGAAAUGGAAUGUUCCUUCAUUGCAGCUUUAACACACUUCCUCACCUGAGCCUCACUUGUUUCCUGUCCAAGGGGAUGCUCAGAACCAUUCUGGGAGAUCUGAGAGAAACAAGGAAAUAGUGCCAGAAGCAAUGACAGAAAAAAAAAUGAGUGGAUGACCACACUGGACAUUUUGGAAGUAGCUCACAGGAGUCUUCAAAUGCAUUGAACUCAUUCUUUCUGUUUACUAGGAAAGCAGAUUAAUACAACCUUUCAUUUUUUCCAGUUCUCUACCUCACUUCUAAGCAGUCUACUUAGAAAGCAAAUGAGAUGAGACUUAAAAGGAAAAAAAUGUUUUGCUUUGGAGUAAGCUCUAGGAGUACUCAGCAACUUAAAAGACUUAUCUCACUGAUAAGGCUUUGCACAAGCAGGAGAAAAUCAUCCUAGAAAGACUACAGACUUUUCUGUAUGCUCCAAACAUAGGGUCUGCAGAGUAGUUCAGCCCAAAGGAUUUUUUUUUUCUUGCAUUUGUUAAAUUACUUACAUGACAAUUUGCUAUAACAUGAGAUUUCAUGUUCUACAAGGAGUUCAUUUUAGUAGCAGAGAGAUACUCUGACAACUUGUAGUAGAAAGAGUGCGCAAAAGCAGACCAGGUGCUGGUGUAAGAGGAAUCCAUGUUGCUGCUAUUUGACUAAUUGAACUGGAUGAAAUAAUAUACGUGACUCCUUCACCUUGUAGGAAAAGUUGCUACAUGAAAUCAGUGCAGUUUAAAAUUUAACUGCUGCUGCCCUUUUCCCAGGCAGUGAGUUUCUGCCAAAAAUGGCAAUUUACUGAUUGUGGAAUAUAAGUGAUUUUGUCUGUGGGGGUCAUGGAAUAUAUUUGCUUGUUCUUCCCUGCCUGUUCCACUUUUCCAUUGGACAGGAAAAUGUCUCUGAAUUUUUAUUUACACUUUUACUUGCAGGAGUGAGUGUAUGUAUAGACAUAGAGAGCUUCUUUGCAAGGCUUGCUUCUAUUUUCCAUCCUGUGUUGGAAGUGUAGCCUCCUCUUCUCCCAGUACCUCUUUUUCCUAAGGAAAGCAGUGAAAUAUUUAACAGUAACCCUCUCUUUUUCUACCAAAAAAUUGAAACUUUUGGUGUGCUAAUGGGCUGAAUCUGGUGUAAUCUAGUUCAGUUCUGACUGUUCUCUGUGAAGGCUGAAAGAGUUGUUUUAUAUUUCAGGCUGUUUCCUGCUGCUGCAAAGUUACUGUUUGUUCCUCCAACUUUGAUCUGCUUUUCCAAACAGAAUGACAAAUAGGUUCUUUGGGGAAUGCUUUAAAGUACUUGUCAAAGUGUAUCUGUGUAAUCAACUUUUAGUUCAGCAGAGUGUUAGAAAAACACCUGGUUACAAAAAAAAAAAAAAAAAAAAAAAAAAGCUUGUUACAAGUCUGUUUAAGUAAAAACCAGAACAAACCGACCAAAACUAGAACCCCAAACUUCGUGAGAAUGAGUGUUAGUGUAGUUGAUCACUGCUUAAAAAUGAAGUUUCUUAGAGAAGUGACAUGUGACAAUUCUGCUUUUCAGUCUGUCCGACUUGAUUGUGGCCUCAGAGCUUCUCUAGUUGAUGGUAUAUCCAAGUGUAGAGAAGGAAUCAUUAAUUGUAAGUGGUGACAGUGAUGCAAUUCUUUUGUGACAAGAGAACAGUAAAUCUCAGCCAUCUGUCACAUUUAAGGUACCAAAAUAGCUGUCUCUGUUAAGCACAUCUCUGCUGCUAACAGCCACUCCUGGUUUAGCUUUACUCCUUCCUGUAAAGCAAUUGGGAGCAGGCGUAAAUAAUAAUAAUAAAUACUAAAUAAAUAAUAAAUACUACUGCGCAAGCACUAGUAAACAUAUACACAAGCACCCUGAGACUGUGUUGCAGAUCUGAGUCACGUUACUCUUCAAUGGAUUAAUACAGUGAGUGGCUCAGGAGAAACUAAAGCAUUUCAGCUUCCAGUUUGAGAUUAAUCAAGUUUGCAAAGAGAGGAAUUCCCCUCUCUCCAGGGCUGUUGUUUAUAUGUGAUAGUGUUGAUGUGAAUCAUAGGUGGUACUGUGGUUUAAGAUUGUCAAGAAUAUAUUAAUAUGAAAGUGCCUUUAGAGGAAAGAGGAAUGUCUGUACUUAAAAGUAUCAAAGAAUGAAGAAAAAUACUCAGAAGGACCUGAGUUGAUAAAUAGGCAUAUUGGGCAAUUUGAGCUCAUGGGAAAUAAGCUUUCAGCUCUGGUUAAACCUGUUUUUAUGAAAACAGGCCUUAGGGUAUGAGCAUCCUUUGGGCCCAAACCCCAAAUCCAUAGCCCUAGUACAUUUAUGUAAUUAAAAGUACUCUUGCACAAUUUUUGAGUAAUUUUUUCUUUCUUUCAGAGCUGUCACUGGCACAUACACAAGAAAAUAACUGUAUAUAUAUACACACAUAUAUAUAGUCUUCAAAGUAAUGCAACAUUGACUCAUUGUCAUUCAAUCAGCAGUUGAAUGUGAAACGUGGUUACUUUGCACAAAAAGUACAUUUCAGUCACCGAAUAACAGGCAUGAAAUUAGAACUUUUUCAGUAACACACUGAACAAGAACAGUUUGUGCUUGAAAGUGGAACCUUCAGUCUUUGGAAGAAGUAACACUUUGUGUUAAUCAAAGUGACUUACACUUUGAUUGCUACUUAGAAUUUAAUUUGAAAUACAUUAUUAUAUCUUCAGCAGAAUUUUAUUGGUCUGCAAACAAAUGCCUUCUGAAGAUGUGAUCCAAUGACUGUUGCAGAGAGAUGGUUGUGUCUCCAGAGCAGCUUUAGAUGCUGUAUCACAUUUAAGGACAGUGUUUGUUAUGCUUGAGACAAACUAGCCCUUAAUAAAUUGAA